CUCCCCGCGCGGCUGCUCCGACCGCGGGCGGCCGAGGGGCGGGCGCGCCGCUGCAUCCCCAUCCUCGGCGUAGCUCGGCACAGAGCGAGCGAGCAAGCAAGCAAGCGGCGACUGGCCGGAGCGGGCGGACGCAGCGCCGAGGCCCGGCCAUGGCCACCACCAGCACCACGGGCUCCACCCUGCUGCAGCCCCUCAGCAACGCCGUGCAGCUGCCCAUCGAUCAGGUCAACUUUGUAGUGUGCCAGCUCUUUGCCUUGUUAGCAGCCGUUUGGUUUCGAACUUAUCUACACUCAAGCAAAACUAGCUCUUUUAUCAGACACGUAGUUGCUACCCUUUUGGGCCUUUAUCUUGCAUUUUUUUGCUUUGGAUGGUAUGCCUUACACUUUCUUGUACAAAGUGGGAUUUCCUACUGCAUCAUGAUCAUAGCAGGAGUGGAGAGCAUGCACCAAUGUUGCUUUGUGUUUGCUUUGGGAUACCUCUCAGUGUGUCAGAUUACUAGAGUCUAUAUCUUUGAUUAUGGACAAUAUUCUGCUGAUUUUUCAGGCCCAAUGAUGAUCAUUACGCAGAAGAUCACUAGUUUGGCUUACGAAAUUCACGACGGGAUGUUUCGAAAGGAUGAAGAACUAACUCCAUCGCAGAGGGGAUUAGCUGUGAGGCGCAUGCCAAGUCUCCUGGAGUAUGUAAGUUAUACCUGCAACUUCAUGGGCAUCCUGGCAGGCCCACUGUGCUCCUACAAAGACUACAUUGCCUUCAUUGAAGGCAGAGCAUCCCACGUGGCACAGCCCAGUGAAAAUGGAAAAGACGAGCAGCAUGGGAAAGCAGAUCCAUCUCCAAAUGCAGCAGUUACGGAGAAGCUCCUGGUCUGUGGACUCUCCUUAUUAUUCCACCUGACCAUCUCCAACAUGCUACCCGUGGAGUACAACAUCGAUGAGCAUUUCCAAGCCACUGCGUCGUGGCCAACCAAAGCCACCUAUCUGUACGUCUCUCUCUUGGCUGCCAGACCUAAGUACUAUUUUGCAUGGACCUUAGCUGACGCCAUUAACAAUGCUGCAGGCUUCGGUUUCAGAGGAUACGACAAGAAUGGAGUGGCUCGCUGGGACUUAAUUUCCAACUUGAGAAUUCAGCAGAUAGAGAUGUCAACAAGUUUUAAGAUGUUUCUUGAUAAUUGGAAUAUCCAGACAGCUCUUUGGCUCAAAAGGGUGUGUUAUGAACGAGCAACCUUCAGUCCGACAAUCCAGACAUUCUUUCUCUCUGCCAUUUGGCAUGGGGUCUACCCAGGAUACUAUCUGACAUUCCUAACGGGAGUGCUAAUGACGUUAGCAGCUCGGGCUGUGAGAAAUAACUUUAGGCACUAUUUCCUGGAGCCCCCUCAACUUAAGUUAUUUUAUGACCUCAUAACCUGGGCGGCCACACAGAUAACAAUAAGUUACACGGUUGUUCCAUUUGUGCUCCUCUCCAUAAAACCAUCGUUCACGUUUUACAGCUCCUGGUAUUACUGCCUUCACGUCUGUAGUAUCUUGGUGUUGCUGUUGCUGCCUGUGAAAAAGUCUCAAAGAAGAACGAACACACAGGAAAAUGUUCAUCUUUCACAGGCCAAAAAGUUUGACGAAAGGGAAAAUUCUCUGGGACAGAACAGUUUUUCCACGAUGAAUAAUGUUUGCAAUCAGAACCGAGACACUGGCUCCAGACACUCGCCACUAACACAGUGACUGCGAGAGCGUGUGAUGGCUGUUUCCCGGCUGUGAACAGAAGCCAGUCUUGAGGCCUUUGCAGAGCCUCUUGUUUAAGGAAGAGAGACUAACUGGGUGGAAAGGGAUGGUCUCGGAUAGGGGGUUUCCUAUACACUAGAUUGGAAAUGGAAAGAGAUAACCCCUCCCAUGCCAUGUUCCUGUGGGUCACGCCUUAUACAAAAUCUUCCCUUGUUUCAAUAGGGCACUCUGACCUCAGCAUCUGCCCUCAAGGUCAUCCGUGUACCCUGUUGCUGAAUGUACACUGCGUAUCCCAAGGCACUGAAGAGGUGGAAAAUAAUCAUGUCGUCUGGAUGAUUAACCUUUUCCAAAUGAAUGUCUUGCCUUAAAUCUUCCUAAAAUGUUGUUCCCGGAUGGUAUUUACAAGUGUAAAAUCGUGAGGAGACGAUUUCAGUAUUCGAUAUGGUGUGCUGCCGAGAGGAUUGAGGGACAUCUAAAACCACAUACUUAAGAUCGUGGGUACUUCAAAAAUGCAAUAAACAUCUCAGUAUUCGAAGGGUUUUCUUAAGGUAUCUUAGAGGACUGUGUGCAUGGUGGGACUGUAAACAGUCAGGGCUUAAUUACAGGUAGCUUAUUUUUUCUGGGAGCUUAAUUACCUGGUGUCAGUCAGGGGCCCCUUCCAGGAGGACUUUCUUAAACAUAAUUAAAGGUUGGUAAUGUGAUAUUUUAGGCUUAUUUUCUUAAGGAAAAAAAAAACAAAACAAAACAAUAAGAGGGAAGCUAAGGUAAGGAGGCCGGAACAAGGAAAGCACCUCGGAGCCUGGAGCCAGCGGCAGAGGGCUUCCCACUUCGGUGUCCGAGAUUAGUGUAACUGUAUGGGACACAACAGCUUAAUGAUGAUAACACUGUGGACUUUCUGAAGAAAUCCCUUGAGCAUAAAUUACAUAGAGUUAGAGGGGGGUUAUAAGAAUAACAGUGAUAGGUGAUUUGAAGGUUUUGAAAGAAAUCUCUAGUGAUUAAGGUUCUUAUAUGGUUCGUCGGUUUCUUGUUCCUGUCCCUUUCAUUGCUAUUUGGGAAAGAUGUAGGCAAAAGAAAACUUAGUUGAUGAGUCUAAGUGACUUUUUUUAAAAAUUAAAUUAGUUUCUAUACUCUUUAACUUCAUGCAUUAAAAUUCUUCCAUUAAACUCUUGUUAAAAUGGGUGUUAGAUUCUAUCUAAACAAAUACGUGCUUUCCUCUUAGGGGGCCACUCUUGCCUUGAGUGACUGGGUUUGUCUUUAAUCACAUAGCAGUGUGGUGUGGGCUGCAGCAGCUAUAAGUAUGGGGUGGGUUUGAGGCCACGGAAAAUGAGCCUGAGACUAUAGUGGGGCCUUUGGGCCUCACUGUCAUUUGACCAAUCUUUUUUUGUAUGAAUUUUGUUUUGGUUUUGCCUUACAUUUUCAAAUGAAAUGCAAGCUGUCAGUCUACGAUGAGUUUGGUUUUGUUGGCUUUUGUCACUAAUACGUUGUAAGUAGAAUGAAGGAAGAAGCAGCAACGGGGGUGGGAAGCUAAAGAUGUCAGGAAGAAGAAAGGUGCAGAUGCCGGCCUGGCCUUCUAGUACCUGGGAGCCAUACGUGGCAUGGUUGCUUUUCUGAAGACAGGCUGCAUCUGAUGAGGAAAGUCUUCUCCUGGCCUCUAGAGUCCUCCCCAUUACUCCUCCCCAGGAAUGGCUAGUAAAUACCUUUUCUUAGUUUUCUUUCCCAUGUGUUGAGAUCAAGCUAACUGUAGAAUUGGAGGAGAAAGAAAAGCAUAUUUAUGGAGAGAACCCGCCCCCAAGUGUUUCUACGAUUUCAUGAGCUUGGUGGAGAAUCCGGUCACUGUCUUUAAGACAGCCCUGGGCGGUUCCUAAGUGAAGCCAGAGCAGCUUUGGGAGCUGCUGCAGGCUUGAUCCAUCGAUCUAGCCACUCACAGAUGACCCCAUUUAUAUCUGCUACCCCAACAGACUUCGUUUCUAAACUUGUACAUUGAGGCCCGGUCGCCUGUUUCUUCGUAAUGAAUUUAUAAUCAUAGUCCUAUCAUCCAAAGAGCAAGACAGCUGAUCACUGUUCCUCCUGGCACAUACACAACAUUCCAACUUGACUGAUGUCCUUUCUCAUUCUUCUUCAGCUACUAGUUACGUUCAUGGGAUUAUUUUGGGAUGGCUGUCUUCUAAUUUGGAGACAUAAUCAGAACGCAAUCUAAAAUCAAAUAAAUUCUCAUUUUCCCCCAAAAGCCACACUCUAUAAAAUGAAUGUCUAGUUGGGAUACUGUCAAGAUUAUUUCUACUUAAAAGGAUUUAAAACUAAUGUUUGCACUACUGUUAUUUCUGAAGGAGGUCAUUAUACCAUGUGUUUACUGCAUUUAACCGGCAGAACAGGGUUUGCUGUGUGCUUAUAGGAUUUUUCCCAUUUCUUGAGUAUCCUGAAAUCAUUCUGGAGAUGGUCACUCUACAUCAUAUUUAUACUUCUGUCCAAUUAUGUACUACUCAGGGAAAAUAGAACAAAAAAUAUUCUUCCCUCAAAUCUCAUUUUCUUGAAACAAUAAUUGUCAAUUUGGUGUGUCUCGGCUCACUGAUUUGUUUGUCUUUGGGUUGUCUUUUUUUUUUUUUUUUUAAAUUCGUGUUUUAAUUGGAGCUUGGAGUGUCUGGGGAAGCUUGCUUGGCUUUUAGAAUACUCAGAGAUGGAGAGAAGGUUCUCGGGGUUUCAGAGAUUCCUGAUUGCUGUGACUUAGCAUGCUGGUCCCUACCGUGGGUGACGGCCACACGGGGUAUCUCCACACAUGCCACUUUGGAGGAAAACAGUUCCAGUGGAGGCUUCUAGAAAGUGAUGGUGAUUUUGUGUAAGCGGCCUGGCCAAUCCUUUUGGCUCUGGCUUCGGGGAGCAGCACCUUCUCUACCACCCCUAAUCCUGUAGGGCAAAGGGAAGGGCAGGGUCACAGAGGGAGCUGAUGACUGUCAAUGCUCUUUAUUACUGAAGCUUGAGGUGGUGACAUUUUUAAAAAUAGUUGCUUAGCAACAGGAGGAAUGCCUUUUAAUCCAUUAACCCAGAAUGAGUAGCAACUGGCCAUUUCCUGGUUGCUUUCGUUAGUCUGUUUCUGCUGGGUAAAACUGGAGAGGAUUAAAUACUCUCCAUAAAUUGCUGAUUUUACUAGACAGGGUUUACCACCAUGGAACUCUACAGCAAUUAUUUUAAUUCAGAGAAUUUAGUCAUUCUUUUUUUUUUUUAAUUACAGAAAACAAUUUAAAAUCGCCAUCAAAAAAAUCAUGAAGGUUUUACUGUUGAAGACAGUAAAAAAAAAAAAAAAAAAAAAAAAAAAAAAGUAAAAAAGGGCAAAUCCUUUUCCUACUUGAAACCCAUCCCUCAUAAAUGUUCAUCUUGUGUCUUCAUGAGCAAAUCUAGAACAUGGUACUUACUGUUUCCUGAUCAGUUGUUCAUAAGUAUCAGCUCAUUGACCCUUAAAGAGUUCCACACUAUAACUGACGCAGACAUUCUUGAGAGAGUAGACGUGUUUAGAGUAAUUGCUUCUGCUGUGCCCACUGAGAUUUGGAUCAACCGUGUAGUUAGAAACCAGUAUUGUGAAAGGUUUUAUUCAGGUAUUAAUAAUCUACCCUGAUUGAAAUUUAACACACCCGGUUUAACCUAGGUGCAGAAUUCUAGCGUACACUGUGACUGUAACCUUAACCUGCCCAAGGACCAUGCAUACCUGUUACAUUCCACCAGCGGCAUCUGAGGGAUGGUUGAUCAUUCAUCCGAUUGCCCUCAAGGCUAAGUUUCUGCUUCUCACUGCCCUUGGAAAAGUGAGUUUGUAUCAGGCUUCUGAAUGCUGAAGGAAGAGAUUUGCAUUUUAAACAAAUCCACUCAGAAUUCUCAAGUUUGAUGGAUUAGAACGUGGCAGCUCUCUACGGUGAUUUUUCUGUAACAGCAUGUAGUCAGAUCUAUUGAUGAUGCUCCUCAUGGAAGAAAAUUUAAGAUGAAAUUUUCCACACUAAUAUUUUGUAGGAAUGCUCUUAUAAUCAAUGACUAAGCUGCUUUUUGAGACUCUUGUUGUACAGAGGAUGCAGCCAAUUUACAUUUUAAUUCGUAGGCUGCCUAAUAAUGUUUUGUAUGUUUUCAGAUAAUUUAUUUUAAUAGGUUUUUAACACAAUGCAAACUCCAGUGAAGAACUGACAAGAAGCUCCACAGGUCAUUGAUUGGGGGAAUUUUGUCAAACAGAACCUAAUGACACAUUUCUAUGCCAGCUAAUUUGUCUUGCCUUUAAAACUGGUGGGAACUCUUAAUGCCAUUUUUAUAAAGCAAGGGACAGCCUGUCUGUUCUAUAAAUAACCCUUCAAAGAUCCUGUACAACCACUGUCUUGAAAGCAAUCCGGGGACACAGAGCCACCUCCAGCCGUGUUUUCUUACGUGUUGCCUCUGUAACCAGCAAUGGGAGAUACUAUGAAGCCAGAAGUGAGAGAGCACGGGAUUGAAUGACUAAGCAGUUUCGGGCAGCUUGUCUGGACUGGAAGAGUGGAGGGUGCCUGCUGCAACCUCAGACAUGCUGCUCCCUGCGCAGACAGGCUCUGUUUUGGGAAAACUUCUUUGAGAGAUCAGUUUGUUAAUUAUUUUCUCUGUCCUUUCAUGGGGGAAGGACACAGGUAGAGCGUUUGCUAAACUUGGAAAAGGUGUCUCUGUUCCCCAUUUUAAAUGUCUUUGGUUCUGUACACACCCAUCUGUCACUGAAGUACAUUUGCUGCUGACUUAAUCACACACAGAAAGGACGUCUGUGCUGAAUGGAGAUGCCGUCCUGUCUGUCUUCUGUCAGCUUUAUGUACGUGAAGGUGCCCCUACACCAGAAGGAGCAUCUCAUGAGGCAGUAGGAAUGACAGGGACACGGGUUCCUGGGACGUGAAGGCCCCAUCAUGUUAAGAUGAAGGUGCCUGGCUACAAACCUGCCUUCCCUUUCACCUGAACACUGGUUGCCUGUCUUGAGGAGAGCCUCAGCUCCCAUAGCCAGCGCUUGCAGUGUUUCCAUUUGCCUUCCCCCGGAGGAGGAUAUCGUGUGGUGGGCUGUGCUUUUUUUGUUGUUCUUUUAAUUCGAAGAUUUUUUUUUUUAAAGAAGUGUUCUUUUUCAACUGAUCCCCAAAUCAGUGUCAUUGUAUGGUGAGUUGAAACCACACUGUAUCAGACAAGCUGUGACAUGAUUCAUAACCAUUUUUCCCAUUCUGUGUCUUCAGAGCUACACAGUGGCUUAUUGCUGGCUUUUAAAGGUGUUUUUAACUUACAUGUGGCUUUUUUUUUUCUUAUUAUUUCUGUGUCUUUAAAGGGAUUAAACAGUAGUU